CCCCUCUCCAGUGGUCGCUCUGCCAGCCGGACCUCCGUCCGUCAUGAACGGGUCACAGCUCAAUGACUUACCGGACGACUCGGAGGUGCUGCGGCCCUACAUCUCGGCUCUGAGGCAGAGGGCCCGGAGCCAGCUGCACCCCGCCGGCACGCUGGACUUCUCCGACGCCUUUCUCAUCAGGUUCCUGCGGGCCAGAGACUUCGACGUGGAGCUCGCACUGAAGCUGGUUCUGAACCACCAGCGCUGGCGGAGGGAUAGUCCUGAGAUCAGCGGCUGUCUGUCCCCCCGCUCCGUCCUGGGCCUCCUCAACAACUCGUACCACGCUGUCCUCCCACAGCGGGACCACGCCGGCAGCAGGGUGCUGCUCUAUAGGAUCGGCCAGUGGAACCCUAAAGACUGGUCAGCCUUCCAGGUGUUCAGGGUCAGCCUGAUGACCUCAGAGAUCAUCUGCACGGAAACAGAGACACAGCAGCGAGGCCUGAAGGUCAUAUUUGACCUGGCGGGGUGGAGCUUAGGCCACGCCCUGCAGUUUAACCCCUCCCUCGCCAAGAAGAUAUCCUCCGUGCUUCAGGACUCCUUUCCACUGAAGGUGAGAGGGAUCCAUCUGUUGAAUGAGCCGAGGUUCUUCCGUCCCGUCUUCGCCAUGCUCCGCCCGUUCCUGCCUGAGAAGAUCAAGCAGCGGAUCCACAUGCACGGCGCAGAUUACUGCAACACUCUGAGCGACUUCUUCUCGCCGUCCGUCCUCCCUCCGGAAUACGGAGGCGAGGGUCCCGCCCUCGAGGACGCCUGUCAAGAGUGGACCAAUCAGCUGCUGCAGUCUGAGAGGCUCCUCAACCAGAUCGCCGACCACCCGACAGGCGACAUCGCCAUCAACCCCGGCAGCUUUGUCUCAGCGUAGACAAAGACUACCCAGGGUGCAUCACUCUGGGGGUGGGGGUUUAUGCUAGACCUGGUGUUAUUCCAGUCAUCGCUAAACAUCCAAACCCCAAAGCUGAAGAGUGAGUUGGAGUAGAGACAGUUUCCUGUCACUGUGAGCUGAUAUCUACCUCAGUGCCGACGACGCUUCUGCUGCCACGCCAUAACAAAUGUUUAUCAGCUGUUGCUCGUUUUCUACUCUGCCGAAGUGUCCUUGAGCCAGACACUGACGUCGGACCUGCCUGUGGAGGGAGGGAAGACAGAUUUCCCUACAGGAAGCAGGAAAUAUCACAUCAUUUUUUUCUCAUCGUGAAAUCUUUCCGCUCCACCACAGCAACAGCCUGUCAGCGACGCAGCUGACUCUGUGAAACAAAAGCUGCAGAGGAGCAGGGACUCUUCCUUCCCUCCACCUCAUCACUCCAUCAAGACAUUCAUCCAUCUGACCCGUCUAACAUCUUUUCCAUCCAUUCCUCUUUUGAACUGUACAAUUCUUCUGUUUUUGUUGUAGUUUGUAGUCUUAAGGUGGACCAGUUUUUACAGUUUUAUGUUAGUAAUUAAUGAUGACAGUAACGAAUGUUUUAAUUGAAUAGGUGCCUCUUAGUGGUCUAAGCUGUAAUUUCUUGUGCUUUGUCACUCUGUUAGGACCAAGGUCAGACAUGGAUCUGAGAUUUACUGGUGAAAAUGUGCAGGCUUUAUGUGUUUUUUUUUGCAAAUUGUUGCAGUCGAAUGAAAAUCUUGAGCUUCCAAAGAGAAAGACUGGCAGCUGUGCCUCUCACAAAUAUAUAGUUUGAAUGGAUGUGUUUUGUGGACAAGAAUAUGCCAUUUUACAACCAGCAACUUCCCAGCAACAGCAGAUUUAAGCCUGAAAGCAGAUUUCUGCUUCUGAGAAUGGACCAGCUCUAGAAAUUUCACAUUUAGACUCACCUGUUUCAAAGGACUUGUAUUAAUUCUGUGUCAGGUCAGUUUUGACAUGCUAUGAUAUUAUGCCUCUAAUGUACUGUGGUGUCGAAGAAUAUGCAAAACAAUCUGCUGCAAAUAGUCGAGUUUAUAGGAUUUUAGAUCUUUUAUGACAAGUACAUGAAGCACAAAAUCAUUUUUUUUUAAAAAAAGACUUGAAUGCACAGUUUGUUAGCCUGCCGCCUGCCCUGUAUGCAAAACACCCUUUAACUCGUGAAAAUGGCCUCCAGAUUUGACCUGUUGGUAGUUUACAGAGGCUUUUUGAUAUCUGCUGAUUUGAACCACUAAGAAAGAAAGAAAGGGAUAUGACUGAAAUUUGUGAAACUUGUGCAAUUUUUAGUGAACAAUCAUCUCAUUUGAAUGUUAAUGACAAAAUAAA